ACUCAUCUGUGAUCACCGAAAGCAAAAAAGUGAAAACCAAACAUAUGAUAAAUACAAAAGAAGAAAAGAGAAAUAUUCUGGAUGAAGAAUCUCUCUGCGUUACUUCAACGCCACAGAAGAAAAGUUCUCAUGUUUUAUAGCCCAAGAUAUCAUCUCCAUGGCCAUCUUACAUUUUGCAUUAUAUGCAGGCUCAUUGUAAGCAGGCAAAUUGUGUGGGAGCUGAAAGAAAAUCUCUUUUUUUAUGCCAUAACCAUUUGAAAAAAGCUUAAGUGGAAGAUGGGUUUGGAAGGAGAAAUGGAAGCCAUGGAGCAGCAGGUGGAAGCAGUGGCAAAAGCAUUUGUUGAUCAUUACUAUUAUCUCUUUGACAACAGCCGAGCUAAUUUGGUUUCUUUGUAUAAUGAUUCGAAUUCAAUGCUGAGCUUUGAAGGGCAGAAGAUCCAAGGAGCUAAUAAUAUAUUGCUCAAGCUCAACUCUCUGCCCUUUGAGCAAUCCAAGCAUAAUAUUUCUACCAUUGAUUGCCAGCACUCUGGGCCUGCAAAUGGGAUUUUGGUUUUUGUAAGUGGGAACCUUCAGCUUCCUGGUGAAGAGCAUCCCCUCAGAUUUAGCCAGAUGUUCCAUCUUAUACCAACUCCAGAGGGAAGUUUCUAUGUGCAAAAUGAUAUCUUUCGCCUUAAUUAUGGAUGACUGAUAUUCUGCAUCUGUUUUGUUUUCUGCCAUUAUGGUGGUGCAACGUUCUCUGUAGAGAGUUAAACAUCAGGGACACUGGUUAAGUGGUGAAGGAAUGUUUUGAUAUAUUUGUUUGAAAUAUUGGUCGAGGAUUAGUCCAAGUGUUGUUGGAUUAUAGAUAUGUAAUAAUUUAUAAAGGCAAUUUUACA